CUUCCAAGAUGGCGGCGGGUGCGUGAGGCGCGGCGGUGGGUCCGUCGCUGAGGCCGCCGCGCCGCCAUGAAGGGCAAGGAGCGCUCGCCGGCCAAAGCCAAGCGUUCGCGGGGCGGUGGAGGAGGCGGCGGCGAGGACUCGGCGUCCUCCUCCUCCUCCUCGGCGGCGCGUGGCGAGCGGAGCAGCAAGAAACCGAGCGGCUCCAACGGCGGGAAAGCGGCCGCCGCCUCCACCGAGAGCAACAGCGGCGGCUCCCGGCGCGGCCCCCACACGGACAAGGCCAGCAGGGCCGGCAGCCGCGAGUACGAGGCCGGGGCGGUGACGGGCGGCGGGGGAGGCCGGCACGGGUACGGCGGGAAGGCGGCGGAGGCGUCGCGGAGCAGCCGCGGGGGCGAGUCCCGGGCCGCGGCCCCGUCCUCGGAGUCGGGCGGCAGCAGCGAAUACAAGACGUUGAAGAUCAGCGAGCUGGGCUCGGCGCUGAGCGACGAGGCUGUGGAAGACGGGCUCUUCCACGAGUUUAAACGCUUUGGAGACGUCAGCGUGAAAAUCAGCCGUCUCCCGCCCGGUACCGGAGCUACCGACGAGCGCGUGGCAUUCGUCAACUUCCGCCGGCCUGAGGACGCCCGCGCCGCCAAGCACGCCCGGGGUCGCCUCGUGCUCUACGACCGCCCGCUGAAGAUCGAGGCCGUCUACGUGGGGAGCAGUGGAGGGAGCGGCCGGCGGCGAAGUAGCCGUUCCCCGGCGUUGCUGGACAAGGAGUCUCCCUACGGCACGGCAGCCGUCGGGGUGGCGGCAGCGGCGGCGGCAGCUGUUCGACACCCUCCGGCUGGGGUGACGCAGCGGGCUUUGUCGCCUGCUGGAAGCGGCGGGGCCCUGGGUUAUCGGGACUACCGGCUGCAGCAGCUCGCCCUGGGCCGCUUGCCGCCUCCACCCCCUCUCCCCAGGGAGCUGGAGAGGGAGAGGGACUACGGGGGUUUUUACGAGGCGCGAGUGCGGCCGGCCUAUGGGCUGGAGCGGGUGGCCGGCGUGGCAGCUGCUGGGGGCUUUCGUGGAGGAGGAGGGGGUGCUGGAGCUGCCGGUGAGGAGGAGAUUAGCCCUGAGGAUGACCAGAGAGCCAACCGCACAUUGUUCCUGGGCAACCUGGACAUCACUGUGAGCGAGUCCGAUUUACGCCGAGCUUUUGACCGUUUUGGGGUCAUCACUGAGGUGGACAUCAAAAGGCCGGGGCGUGGGCAGACCAGCACCUAUGGUUUUCUUAAAUUUGAAAACCUGGACAUGGCGCACCGGGCCAAGCUGGCCAUGUCAGGAAAGGUGCUUCUGCGCAACCCCAUUAAGAUUGGGUAUGGUAAAGCCACUCCGACUACCAGGCUGUGGGUGGGCGGCCUUGGGCCUUGGGUGCCACUCGCUGCCCUGGCCCGGGAGUUUGAUCGGUUUGGCACCAUUCGCACUAUCGAUUACCGCAAAGGUGAUUCCUGGGCUUAUAUCCAGUAUGAGAGCUUGGACGCGGCGCAGGCGGCGUGCACCCACAUGCGUGGUUUUCCUUUGGGGGGGCCGGAUCGCCGGCUUCGCGUUGACUUCGCUGACACUGAGCAUCGGUACCAGCAGCCAUACCUGCAACCGCUGCCCCUGCCACCUCCUGCUCAUUACGAGCUUGUGGCGGAGGCGGCAGCUUUUGGGGCUCACCGGGGAGCCCCACCUGAUCCCCUUCGUGGGGCUCGGGACAGGACGCCACCAUUGCUCUACAGAGAUCGCGACAGAGACCUUUAUCCUGAAACGGAGUGGGUGCCUCCUCCACCCCCUGUGAGGGAUAGGAGUAACCGGGCAGCUGCCUACGACCCACUGGAAAGCCUAGAGCGCCGCCGGGAUGGUUGGUCCUUGGAGCGGGACCGAGGGGAAAGGGAGCUGGGCAGUAGUAGUAGGGAUCAGCCUAGGAAAAGGAGACUGGCAGAGGAUGGAGGCCGGCACUUGGACCGCUCUCCAGACAGUGAGCGCUCUUCUUCCUCCCGAAAGCGUCACUGUUUAGCCACAACCUCUCCACCGGACCGCAGCCCAGAGCUCCUUGGAGGGAGGGAGCGUUACAGUAGUGACCCUGAGCGCUCUUCUUCCCGCUUGCUCCUGUUGGAGCGACCCUCGCCUGUCCGGGAAUCGCGAAGGGGCAGCUUGGAGCGGGGUCAGAAUGAAAAGCGUGACCGCAAGAAUUCUGCCGAACGGGAGCGGAAGCAUCGUGCUUCUGCAGCAGCUGCUGUGCAGGAGUGCAAAAGUUCAGCAAAAAAGGAUGAGCGUGCUGUGGAAGGUGGCGGCGGAGGCUCCCGCCUCAAACCUCCUCCUCAGAAACAGCAGCAGGACGGAGCGUCACAGGCCGCGGGACCCCCCAAGCUGUGCUUGGCUUGGCAGGGAAUGCUGCUGCUGAAGAACAGCAACUUCCCCUCCAAUAUGCAUCUGCUUCAGGGGGACCUCGGUGUUGCCAGCAGUCUCCUUGUGGAGGGAGCGACUGGUGGGAAAGUAGCUCAGCUCAAGAUCACCCAACGUCUUCGUCUGGACCAGCCCAAGCUGGACGAGGUCAAUCGGCGCAUCAAAGUGGCGGGGCCCAAUGGCUACGCCAUCCUUUUGGCUGUGCCUGGUGCAUCAGACAACCGCUCCACAGCCGGAGCUAGCGAGGCUGCCACCACCUCCACCCAGAGGCCCCUCAGGAAUCUGGUAUCCUAUCUAAAGCAAAAGCAGGCUGCUGGGGUGAUCAGCCUCCCUGUGGGGGGUAACAAAGACAAGGAGAACAGCGGGGUCCUGCACGCCUUUCCACCCUGUGAUUUCUCCCAGCAGUUCCUGGACUCGACGGCCAAGGCGCUGGCCAAAUCAGAGGAUGACUACCUGGUCAUGAUCAUUGUCCGUGGGGCAUCCUAAGGCCCUCAUGUUCUGUACCCAACCCUGCCUACUCCUCCACACAGCCCCUCCAGCGUGUGCCAGGUGCUAUGGGAUACAGCCUUAGCCAGCCCUGUCAUUAUUUUAAAUUAGAUCUUUGUUUGUAGGUGACUUUCCUUGCCCGUUUUUCUGUUACUACAUUUUUCUAUAAAGUUAGAAGCCAGAGAGGUUGGUUAGCCAGUAGCGGGAAUAGGAUGUUUGGAGAAUCUCCUUUCCUUGGGGAUAGCAGGGACGCGAGGCCUGCUUUGAUUUAUGGGAAAAAAAAUAACAAAAACCCAAAAAAAGAGAGAAAAGAGAAAAAAACAAAAACUGGGAAGAGGGAAAAGAGCAAACUCCCAUCUUCUUAAUUUUGAUUCGUGUCCUUUUUUCAUUUCAUAUUUUUUAAAGCGAGUUCAAUAGCUCAUCCUCGAUAGAGUUACAAACCUUCAAGACCAGAUUUAAAGCACUCAGUAAUUUAAUUGGAAAUCCACAUGCUCGCCAGCAAUCUGGUGUCAGGUUAAUUUUUCAAGUCCUUGAAAUUGUGUGAUGGCCUCAGGCCGGCGGCCCCUGGGCACGUGCCAUCCCUCUCCUCAGGAGCCUGAAUGGUUUCCCUCUGAGUUGCAUGGCUCAAGGUUGAUGGCUUUUGGGUGGCCAGCACCUGCUCGUGGGCACUGCAGGACAGUGAAUGCAUUGAUUGGGUGUUUGAGAAUUUAAUCCAGCCCCUCCAAAUGCAUGCACUGAGUAUGCUUUUUUUUAACAGGUGUAUUCCUCCUCAUUCUCCGAGUUCUGUUGUAUCCCAUGUGUGCACUUUGGGUUUGUAGCAGUGACAAUAUUUGGUAAAGAGCUGAGGACUUUGUUACAAACUAUGAAUGUCUUGUGCUUACUCUGGUAUGCAAGAGACGAGGAGGUGCUUUCAGAAUCACCUUAGGUUAUGUGGGUUUUUGGUUUUGCUGCCUUUUUUCAAGGAGUUGCAGGUACCGUGGGGUCUGGUUCCACAGUGCAAGCUCUGAGCAAGUGUGCUUCUCUCCAGAGAUGGUUGUAAUUCUGUGAUAAUUUAAUUACAUAAAAGUUCUCAUUAACGUUUUACCUCUUUGUUAAUAGCAAGAAACUGCUGUCUGCUAGGGACUUUUCAGGUACAGCGGGCAUUACAUGAGGUUUUUAAUUUUACAGGCAACUGGAAUAAAGUGCUUUUAGCAUUUUGGAGAAGUAUUGGAAGUAUUCCGAGAUGCUGAGGUUUGAGCUCUUAUUCCUGUGAUUGUCUGAAGUAACAAUUUGCUGUUUUUCAAAGAGCUUAGUUCAUUUUCACUUCCACUUUUUUCCCCACUCAUUGGGCACUUUGCUCUACCUGGCUUGGCCGCCUUGCUAAUCCAGGCAUCGAGGAGGGAAAAAGGGAUCAAAAUCCCUGCUGUUUUGUUUAAAAACUGGAAGGAUGUUGCAGCUGCCUUCUAAACUGAAGUGUAAAUCUGACUGUAUCUAUUUACAGGCCCCCAAAUUGUAAUUAUGCACUUAAACCCAGGAUGUAGUCUUGCACUUAGCCACGUUUUCAGAGACUUGGGCAGUGUAAAAGCAAUGCUGCUUCACUUGGUUGAUGCUUCAGUCCACUCCGUGGGCAGCUGAUGCAGGGAUAAGUUGAUUGCUGUUUCUACUUGUGUGACGCAAAAACCGAGUUCAAAAUGCAGAACAGUACAUGAAGGAGGAAAUGUCUUGAAUGUAUUUUCUGGGCACAGCAGUUCCAAAGGGCGACUCUAUGUGCUUGAGAUUUGCUGUCAUAAAAAUAUGGAUUUCUCUCAUACUGCUUUACUGAACCACUAUCAGAGUGCUUUGAAGUGGGGUUUGAUUCCUUUUAACUAAUGGGAAUGAGUAGACGUGGUGUCCCGAGCAUUGCAGUGAAGCGAGAACUUGAAAGUGGCAGCGUAUCAGGAAAACACAUUUUGGUUUUCUAGCUACUUUUCUUUCUGAGUGGAAACGUACAAGCCUCAUUUAAUGCUCUUAAAUGUUUGAGGAUGAAAUCUAGGAUUUCUGGGUUAUUGUCCUUUAGCGUGAAUGUAACAUUGAGAUGGCAGAGCUCAGCUGUUCAUCUUACUAUUAACAAUGAGUAUUCUUUUAAAAUGACAUUGAUAACACAGAUACUGUUACAUUUUAGCAGAUACGGCGUAUUUACUACUCACUGCAAGGAAGGUCUGUUUUAAUGUUGGCAGGUGUCUGCUGUGUGUUAGCGGGUAACCAGCGCUGCUACGAACUUACCUCAAGUGUGGCUGGCGUUUGGAGUGAGCUUGCUCCUUGUAGCUGAUGUGAAUCACUUGCAAGCACAGAGUUAUAAAGGAAAGAAACUUGAAUUACUGGGAAUUCAAAUCUGCCCAAAACCAAAGCACUAAUUUUGUUUGUGUCCAACUGUUAAACUGCUGAGAGCAGUGGUUGUUACGCUGAUACACAAUAGGCACCUGGUUUUAAAACCUGUAAAACUUGGAGCCAACCCAGCUUAUCAAAUCAAACUCAAUGUGAGAAUCCUUUUGGAAAGAGCAUUCUAGGUGCAGUUCCAUUUUUCCUGGUAAAUCAGCAGUGGUUAUACCUGCCACGGGCUUUAUGAGUCACAGUUGUGCUCUGCUGGAGGCUAAUAAGGAACAGGGGAGGCUGUAUUUGACUCCAGGUUUUCUGGUUUCUUAUUUCUGGUACCUGCUUCUUUAAAUCUGGUUUAUUUGUGGUUGCUGCUCUGUUUUGUAAGCAAGGAUUUUAAGACCCUCUGAGGGUUCUUGAUGUCAAAACUUAGUUGACUGGUAACAUUUUUGUUGCCAGCACUUCAGUUCCCAUGCUGCCAUCAAGGCUGGUAUAGCUCAGUGGGCUGUGCUCUUCUCUUGGGUUCCCAAGUACGCACCAUUGGAGUAGCUGUCCACCGAAAGUCGUCUCGGCCAGGGCUGAACGCGUUAGAAGUCCAUGUGUUGUACCACUUCUGUAUAGAGCAAACCAGAUGUAGCAGACCAGCGCUCGUGGUGUGUUUGGCAUUACGUUGCUCUACCCAGAGCUCAGUAUUUCUCCGAAUGUUGUGUGCAGCUGGUGUUCCUGUAUUUCAUUCGUUUGUUGAAUUAGCGGGGGAAAAAGGAUGUCCUUUUUCCUGCAUCAUUUCAUAGUUGUGCUUUUUGCUUUGGGGAAAGAACCUCAAAUGACUCACACUUUUGUUAAAGACUGUAGUGUGUUUGUAUUUUCUUAAAUGCAAACUUUACGCAACUUCCUUGGCUGCUGUCCAGUGGCUUUGUUUGCUCCCAUCUAGUGACCAGUCUACUCUUCCCUGGGACUGCCAGCACUGAGGUUACCCUCAACUCCAGAGGUUCCGGCCUCCGCGGUUACAAGCUCUGAUGCAUCCAUCAGCAUAGUAGAGAGAGAAGGAUGUUAAUGUGCCAGCCAGACAAAUCUUCCCCUCUGUCUUUUGUGUUUUUGGCAUGGAUGGUAAAGGAUUGACAACACGCUCAGCCCCCUGUGGAGGGCGGAGAAGAGAGUUUUGGAUUUCUUGCAUGGCUUGAGGAACCUUCUGGUUGAUGGUAACUGACGUGAAAGGCCUUUAAGUAUUAAUGGGGAGGAGGAGUGAGUCAAAAUUGUGAAGACAGGUUCAAAAACUCUGAGGACUCAGGGAAAAUGGCUUGGAAAAUCGUAGUUCCUGGCUUUAAGAAAAGCAGUGUUGAGGGCAGUGCUCCUGGGGAGUCUGCUGUGUGCCUGUCGAGCAGAAACGAGAGUGGACGAAAUUAUUGCUGUGUGACUAUAGAGCUUUUGGGGUUCUUUCCCUUUCGUCUUCCCCUUUUUGUAUUAUUUGCUGCAGAUAUCACAGAAUGACAGAUAUUCCAAUGAUUUAUAAAUGGAAUGAUGAGAUGAUGUUUGUAUUAGGCUUAAAGCAGACCGUGUGGUUCAGAGAACGGUUAGCUGAGUAUUCAACUUUGUGCAGUUUUGAUUGUGUGAUGGAUGAGAAACAUUACUUGACUGGUUAACAGUUUUAAAUUAUAUUAGGUGUGUCUUUGAUUUGACCUUUUAUUUGAUGAUGGAGCUGUCUGCUGUUAGAAUUAUGCAGCAAAAAUGAGAACAAGAGAGAAAUGUGUAACACUAAAUUUCAUAUUUUUGUUGAUAAGUUUCCAUCAGGAAAUAUUCUUUGAGGAAAGUCAACCGAAUUAUCAAUAAUUCAGUUGGUUUUUCUCCUGGUUCAUUAUUUUGAUGUGUCCCUAUUAACUGUUACUGAAAGUUGAGUAAUCAUCAGUCCUGUAAGCCUAGUUUAACAUUGGUCCAAACAGAAGCCCUGCACUACUUGUUAUGCAUCUAUACAUAGAAAGUGACUUCAGUUCAAGGUUUUGUGCCCGUGGGUGGUAUUGGUGCUUUUUGAAGUCCGAGUAGAAUAUUCAGAAAGGCCUUGUAGCUCUUUAUGUUCAUCUGUAUAACGUAGGGAAGGGAGAAAAAAAAAAAAUCAAAUCUGUUGUAUACAAUUGUACUGAAAUUUAACAUUUUCUUUCCUCCUGCAAGCAAAGCUGGUGGACUGCGGAAGACAACUGAAUGGGAUACCAAGCUCUAAUGGACCUUUGGGAAGAGAAGCUGUGGCUUAUGUGGAAUUUACAUGGGCCUCUUGAUGGAAGAAAAUUUAUCUGUUUAGUAUUUGUGCAUUUUACUAAAAUGGCAGCUUUAAAAAAAAAAAAAGUUGUGUAUCUGCUAUUGUGAUGCCAAUGCCCGUGUUUUAAGUGGAAAAAAAAAAUGACCUCUUUGCUUUGUGCUGUGUACACAAGAUUGCUGGAAAAGUAAAGGAAUACCCUUUUUAUGGCUCACACAGCUUAAAAGUAGCUGUCACUCAAACAUGCGCUCACAGUUGAGCUGAUUUUGUUUCAUUCUAAAUAAAUUGUUUCUUUUGAAGAAAAUGGUUUUUCUGCCUGGAAGUGAAUUGACGACAAACGUUUGACCCCCUUUGUUUGCAGUGGAGGGGUUUACUUGCUGCUGCUGCUCAAUGUUUGAUCUGAUAGUUUGUGGGUCUUGAGCAAGAAGCAGGGAGAACCGACACUUUUCGCGUUGACCAGCCUGGUGUACCAGCUCUCGGAAGAAAUCUAGUUGAUUGUCUUGCUGUGGCACCCCCUUUGCGCGCAGGGAACAAGGGGGUCACUGGCUGCUUUACUCCUCACCUUGACGAGGAAGCGGUGCUGCUGCUGGCAUGCAAGAAGCAGGGAAGCACCACCCUGAGUCUCAGAACGGUGUCCAAGUCCGGGGCUUCGCUGGUUCGAAGAGCUGGAGUUCCUGAAUUUUAAGUUUCUGAUUUAUUUUGUUCACCCAACGCGUUUGGCUUUAGUUCUGAUUAUUUUUUUUUUAAUUUUGAAGAAAAAAAAGUUUGAAAUUGCUUUGAAUCUUGCACGUAAACCUUUGCACCAAAUUGCCAAAAGAGAAAGAGAAAAAUGAGUCGUUAAGAGUGUUUAAAUGCUGUUAAUAAAGCCUUUCCUGACAUACGCGAGGCGCUCCUCCACCUCCAGGGGCUGUGCAGCAGUUAUGCAGUGAUGGGUUUUAGUGCUGAAUGGAUGAAGAGUUCCUGAGCUCUAGAGUCGGUAAUUUAAAACCUUUGCGUUGGUGUCUCAGUGCCUUAUUUUGACCGGUUUUGAAGCAAAUGGUUCCACACGCCUCGGAUGUGCAUGCACCCUGAUCGCGUCCCAGGUCCGACUGCAUGUUCGCUUGCAGUCGCCUCCCUGUGUAGUACAGAUGGUGAGAGGAGAGAAAAAAAAAGGAGGCGGCCUGAAAAUAUUGUGUGCUGUGGUUGCUGCGUUCUCCUGUAUCGGGGGCUCCUGAGCUGUGGAAGGCUGUUCCAGUGCAGGAGUCUGACUCCGGGUGUGCUGCAGGAGACUUCGGGCCACUUGUGACAACUGCAGACAUCAAGAGGAAGAUAAGAGUGCUGCAUCGUUGGCUGCAGAAACCUCGUGUCAUGCUUGCUGCUCUGUUAGAAUCAAUGUGACACGCAGACGAAGACACCUUGAAAUGCCAGCUUGCCCUGAUUGCCUUGACAUCCUUUAACCUCCUGUGGAUAACGAACCUAGUGCUGUCCUGCAGCCGUGCAGGACCUUUGCUAGGCUGCUGGUGCCUUUCAACCAAAGGAUGCCGCGAUUGUGCUCUGCAAGGUGUCUGUUCCUGGGGCAGAGAGCUGUGUAAAUCCUAAAACAGAAGGUGUGAGAGGAGAGAAGCGUGUCUGACCACUGGAGGCUAUCCUGAGGCUGCUCCCUUCCAAAGACAAAGGCGUGAAGACUCUUCUCCUACCUCCCAGCCUGAUGGGAUAUCGUGUGAGUCAUGGCAAAGACAGAGCUUGCUGUCGGAAAGGAGGAUCCCACGGCGCUGGGCUCGGUGACGUGGGCGGCUCUCUCGUGACCCUUGUGUUUUUGCGGAGUGCUUUAUUCUCAAGGUGGGAUCUGUUUUUACUGUCUGAACAUCUCUGGGAGUUGGACGGGAGAAGGGAUGCUGACAUAGUAAUUUGUAAGAUGUACAGGACAGAGUGAGCUCUGUUGAGCUCCGAUUUAUUUAAAUUUUCUUUUAAAUAACACUCAGGAUGGGUUUUUUUCAGUUUUCUGGGCUUUUUUUUUUGGUGCUGAAAGACCAGCGUUGCUUCUUUGCUGGCAGCACAGUGGUCACCUUUCACUGCUUGACAUCCCAGCCUUUAAAUAGUGUCCCAUCCUCAUCCAGAAAAAAAUCAUUCCUGCUGCAGAAAGUUGAAUUGGAAUCUCGUAGUGUGCAAACUCCAGCUAAGCAGUGGUUUUGUAAGCAGUGCCGGUAAAUCCCUGGCACCGAAGCAGUCCAGACUAAACAUCCACGGCACAUACUCAUGCUGCGGGCUCUGGUCAGGCUGUUUAAUUGUGCUGCCGAUCUGAACUCAGAAAUUGGGUUUAUUCCUGAUAUCCAAGCAGCAAUUUCGAGUGUGAAGAUGCAGGUAGAAUUUAGAUGAAAGCAUUUAACUGCACGUGCUAGCACGGCUUCCAAAUGCCUCCAUCCUCUCCACUUUUACCACCUAGAUCUGCUGAAGCUGGCGUUUUUGUGUGCUGGUUGCUGGAGUUUGGUUUGUAAUCCUCAAUGAUAUAGGUUGUUUUGUUUCAUUUACAGUUUGAGUUACUGGGUUUUAAUCUUUAUGGAAAUAAAAUAGACUUUUCUCUCCUUAGCUUACUUGCAGCUUGCCAAAACAAUGUUUGUGCUGGUUUGGGUUUGGCUUUUUUCAGCGUGGGGCAGGAGCAUCCAGGAGUUCCGGACCUGGAGCUAUGAAGGAGCCUUUAAAUUUCUCACCCUGGGCUUUCGGUGGAGCCAACUGCCUCUGGAUUUAAGAGCUUUUAGUUAAACUGAUUUGCAGCUUUUUUCUAGUUUGCUUGAAUUGUGAGGACCUGGGAAGAGCUUGCAUCCUGUUUCCAGCUCUGAGCACAGGGAGGACCAGCGCCAUGAACCCACCGCAGAACACAGCGAAGGCCACCGCGUAGGUCAUGAGCAGCGGGAAGGUGGUGGCCAGCGGACAGAGCAGGUUAG